AUGCCGGCGCCCGUGGGGCUUCUGGCUCUGGUCCUGCUUGGGACGAUGGCAGGAAGGACUUCGGGGAAAACUGAAGAUUCGUCGGGGGGACAGGCGGCCUCCUGCAUGACAGGGUGUGCGGGGUCUACUGGACCCCACCUCCCUGUGGGCACCAGAUACAUCUAUGGCUUUGCCACCAACACCAGCACCGGCCUGCAGGGGGCCCCCGUGGAGGGCAGUGGCCUCGGUCUCCAAGGCUUGGCGGAGAUCGACGUGAUUGGCCCGUGCCAGAUGCUUCUACGGCUCCGGGACUUCCGGGUGACGUCCAUCCUGGGGUCUGAAGCGCGGCUUCUGCAGGACUCGCAGAGUUUGGGCGCCACCCUGGGCCACCACCCACUGCGCUUCGUCCUGCGUGCUGGGCGCGUGGCCCACCUGUGUCCCCAUCGAGACGAGCCACGCUGGGCGCUGAAUGUGAAGCGGGCGAUGCUGAGUGUCCUGCAGGGCCACCCAGGUGCCCACAGCCCCGAGACCCUGGAGGAGGUGGACGUCCUGGGCCGGUGUCCCACCACGUACCAGCGCCAUGGGCACCUGCUCCUCAAGACCAAGGACCUGGCUCGGUGUUCCCUGCGCAGGGUGCGCGCCUCCCUGGCUUCCCAGGCUGUGCCAGGAGGGCAGCCCGGCCUGGCCUCCAGCCUCAGCUGCCUCCAGAGCUUCCAGGCGGGCGCCCUGCAGGAGGCGUCCUGUGAGGAGCUGCACUCCGUGGUGCCGCUCUCCGAGAGGGCGGCCGGGGUGCACACCCGCACCCUGUCCUCGCUGGUCCUGCUGAGCCAGGCGCCUCGCGAUCCGGCUGCCCCAGAUCCAGAUGACGCAGACGGUGGGCACGGGACCCCACGCAGCCUGCUGUAUGAGUGGGAGGAGACCCCGGCCCAGGCCACGGUGGCAUCAGUGGCCGAGUUGGUGAGGAAGCUGUGUGUGGCUCAGAGCGUGAGCUUUGAGGCCUCGGAGCUAUUCCUGACGCUGGUGUCUGAGCUGCAGGGUCUGGCUGCCCCCGAGCUGGUGGAUCUCUGGCGCAGCUCGUCCUCGAGGUGUCCAGGCCACUGGCAGCCGCUGGCGGCCGCCCUGCCCUCCUGUGGCACCGAGCCCUGCGUGCGCCUCAUGACGGAGCUCAUCGUCGCCGGGGAGGUGGAGGCCGAGGAGGCAGAGGCGUGGCUCCGGUCGCUGGCCUUCAUCUCGCAGCCCACAGAUGCCAUGGUCCACAUGCUGCUCCCGUUGCUGCAGACCCCGGGGGCCGGCCCCAGCGCCUUCCUUGGCAUCUCAGCCCUGGUGCACAACCUCUGUGCUACCCUGGACGGGCCCUGCGGGCAGCUGCCUGGCGUCAGCUCCCUUGUGCGGGUCCUGGGAGAGGCCUUGGGUGCCAACUGUACCUUUACAGAACCUUUGGACACCAGCCAGCUGCAGGUCGUGCUGAAGGCGAUCGGCAAUGCUGGCCUGGCAGCCGCAGCCCUCACGCCUGUGCUGAGCGCCUGCGCCUCCCUGCGGAGCGUCCGCCCCGAGCUCCGGCUGGCGGCCAUCCAGGCCUUCCGGAGGGUCCCCUGCUCUGCAGAUCGCUCGGUGCUCUCCCGCCUGUACCGGGCCCCCGAGGAGGACGCCGAGAUCCGCAUCACUGCCUACCUGGCCCUGAUGCGGUGUCCUGGGGCGGAGGUGUUUGCCCAGGUGCGGCGCACCCAGGCUGCCGAGCGGUCCACCCAGGUGGGCUCCUUCGUGUGGAGCCACCUCCUGCAGCUGCUGGAGACGGACGACCCCCUGAAGCAGGCGCUGCGAGAAGCCCUCCCCGAGGACAUCGUCAGCCAGGAGCUCAGCCCCGACGGCUGGAAGCACUCGUCCUACUCGGACGUCACCUUCCGCUCAGCGUCCGGCAGCCUGGGAGCCAACCUGGAGAGGAGCCUCCUCUUCUCACCUUCGUCCUUCCUGCCGCGGGCCGCCAUGGCCAACCUGACCAUCCACGCCCUAGGCCGUGCCUUCAACGUGCUGGAGCUGCGGCUCCGGCUGGAAGAUGCCGAGGACGUCGUCCACAGGCUGUUGGGCCAGAAGCCAUCCUGGGGGCAGGAGGAGCAGAGAGAGGCCCAGCCGGAGAGUCCGCCGGGACCAGAGCCGGGGCCGACCACCAGGCCUGAGUGUCCGGGAGAGAGACCCAGAGGGAUGAGAGACGCACAGCAGAAGGUGGCCCAGAGCCGUGGGGCCCGGCAGGGGCUAUGGUGUGAGCUGAGCCUGAAGGUGUUUGGGCACGAGCUGAGCUUGGUGAACUGCGGGUCCCUGGGGCGGCUGGCGGAGCAGCACCUGAAACUGGCUGAGCUGGGGACCAAGCUCCUGCAGGGGCAGGAGGUGCGCGUGACCCGGAGGCUGAGCCUGGCCGCUGCAGAGCUGGUCUUCCCCACCCUGUCUGGCCUUCCGGCCCGGCUCACCCUGAACGUCUCAGCCGCUGUCAGCGUCCGGGUCCGAGGAAGGGCCGUGUUCCGACAGCGUGCGGAUCUCUCUCUGAGCGGCUACGUCAAGCCCAGUGCCCUGCUCCGGAUCUCGGCCCAGAUGGGCACGGCGGGCGUCCUGGGGCAGGCUGGGCUGAGGUGGGUGACCAGCAUCCGGGGCACUGCCGGCCUGGACGGCGGGAUCCAAGCGAAGAAGGGCCAGGACCUCAAAGUGCAUCUGAACGCGCCCGAGGAGACCACGGAGCUGUUCAGCUUCAGCUCUGAGCUAUAUCUCAUCACUGGGGAUGGCGUGCGGAGCCUCAGCCGCCAUCCCAGCCCGCCCGAGGCUCCGUCCUGCACCAGCGAGGAAGUGGCCCGCGCCUGGGGCUGGCAGCUGUGCACGGCAGUGGCUUGGCCGGCGCCUGGCCGGCCCUACCUGCUCUCCGUGCCAGUGUUUGUGGCUGUGACGCUGAGGAAGCAGGACCGGGGCCUCCGCCAGUAUGUUCUGGAAGCUGCCUCUACCCUCCACCCCCAGGACAGCUGGCUCCCGCAGGUGGCCGCCGCCCACCUCUACCUGGGCACGCCUGGCUCGGAAGUGCCAAGGGACGUCGGGGUGGACGUCAGCUACAGCUUGCCCGGGAGGCGGCUCCGGCUCAAACUCCUGCACCCCAGGAAGAAGAUGGAGCUGGACGGCAAGAUGGAGGCCCUGGGGAGUGCUCUUGUGGGUCACCUGGAGCUCGUGCUGGAUGACAGGGACGUCUACUAUGUCAAGGGCUGGAGUGACCUGCAGCCGGCAGCUGAUGGCGGGGCCCGGCAGCUGGAGGCCCAGCUGGAGGCAAAGCUGGUGACGGCCGGCAGCCCCGUGGUCAUCACGGGGAACCUCACGUGGCAGGCAGGCAGCAAGUUGGCCUUCUCGGCGUCGCUGAGCCACCUGCUGGGUGACCCGGCACAUGUGACAGUGCUGCUGGAGAAGAAGGUGGAAGCCGGACUGCAGGUGGCGGCCGUGAGUGGUGAGCUCCUGGCGCCGGGACUCCUGGGGCUGCACGUCCUGGGCCGGCUGCAGCAGAGGGGCCGCCUCCGGAGCAGCACCCUGAGGAUCAGAUACGGCCUCCUGGGUCAGGCCGAGCAGCCGGUACAUGAGUGCAGCAGCAGCCAGAAGCUACAGGUGCAGAGCCGCGCCAUGGCCAUGGACGUGUCCACGCUGGAGCUGGACCACGAGUUCCACUGCACGCAGAUCCCGGCCUUCAGCCACAAGGUCCAGCUGCGGCACCAGGAGGGCCCAGGCCACCUGCACUCACAGAUGGAGGUGAGCUAUGGGAAGCAGUGGAGUGACAGCGGCAAGAAGUGGCUGCGGCUCAGCCAGACCUUCAGGAAUGACUCGGGCCCGGCCCUGAGCAACUACUUCCUGGAGUUUGUGCUGCAGGUGCCCGCCAGGCAGCUGGAUGGCCGUGUGCAGCUCUCCCACUCCAGCCUGCGCCAGCCCCAUGUGGACAGCAGCACCCACCUGAAGGUGCAGCUCAAUGGCCGGCUGCCCUUUGUGGCCGGCUGGCAGUGGACGGACACGUCCCGGGCCGCCCUGUGGAGGUGGGAAGGAGCCUGGAACCUGCAGAGUCCGUGGCUGGCCGUCUCUGCGGCUCACAGACUGUACUGGCCGCAGCGAGCCGUGUUCCAGUCAGCCCUGGAGCUGACGCUGGGCAAGGCCUGGACCCUCAAGGACCUGGUUGUCAGCGUGGCCUGCAGGAGCCAGGGGCGAGACCAGGAGGCCAAGAUCAAGGUCUCCACUGGGACCACCGUCCACCUCCGGGUUUCCACGGUGACAAGCUUGGCACCCAGCCUUUUCCGCAGCUGGAGUGAACUUGAGUCGGCCUGGGUUGGGGCAGUGCGGAGUGAGAUCCACGCCGAGGACAGCCAGGACCGGAAGCUCCUUCACUGCUGGGUGAAGGGCCCCCGGCGUGAGCUCAACCUCACGGCGGCCUACAGACACACGCGGGGGCCCCCAAAGACGCAGGUGUCGCUGGCAGCCCUGGGGCCGGGCGCUCGGGGCCUGCAGGUAGAGGGCGAGCUGGAGGAGGUGCAGCACAGCAGGGAGCUCUACCAGAAGCGGGGGUCGCUGGUCCUCAGGCACUCCUGGCACCUGCCUGUCCCGCGGAGCCUCCUGGUGCAGGAGGUGUUCACGGUGGACGAGCGCCAGCAGCGCUACUCCCUGGAGACCAGGCUCGUGCUGCACGGCCGGGAGGAGAUGCUACAGACCGUGGUCCUGGGCCGCCAGGCCGGACACCCCUAUGUCUGUGCGGGCCUGACCCACCCAUAUGACGGUGCAGCCAUCCCCAGGGACCUGGAGGGCUGCGUGGUUACGUGGAGUCAGCACACGGAUAAGAACAAGGAGGUCGAGGCCACUGUCCAGGUGCACCGGAAGGUUGUAUUGCACGUGAAGGGUUUGCUCCGCGACGGAUCUGAGCGCGAGGAAAUCCGGCACAGCCUGGCCUUGGACGUGGCCCAGUCCUGCCAGCCGAGGCUCCCCCGGACCCUCAGCUUGAAUGGGGAUGUGGUUUACCGUCGGAGGCCCCGAGGAGCGUUCGACUUCAGCUUUGGAGCCCAAGCUGCCAUCAACCACAGCGCUGCGUCCCAGGUGUCCGUCCGGCUGACCGGGUCUGACUCCCACUGCGCAGCUGUCUUCCAGCUCAGCCAUCCCCAGGCCCCCGCGGCUCCUGCAGACUUAGAGGUGCAGGUGGCUGCCGGGCGCCACAGGGAGCGCAGCCUCAACGUGUCCCUGGCCGUGCACGCGUCGGGCCACGAGCUACUUCUGCUGGAGGCCGCCGGGAGUCUGGCCGCCCGGAGAAGCGGCCGGGGCGGGGACGUGGCUGUCCUCCUGCGCCAGGCGGCACUCAGAGCCCCCAGGGCUGUGCGGCUGCAGCUGUCUGGCAGAAUCACCCCCACAAGGAUCUGGCUGCUUUCCAGGGCUCUGCUGGACCAGGACACGGCGCAGCUGCUGCUCCGGGCAUCUGAGGACCCACGGGGAGGCCACGUCCUGACGCUGCAGGGCCAAGCCCAGCGCACUGGGGCUGGCUGGGCGGCACUGCCCCACCUGCUGGGGCUCCAAGGCUCGCUGAAGUGGAAGGAGACAGUGCGCGAGGGUAGCAUCGUGGUCACUGCCGACUCGGCUGCGCUGAGCUUCCUCCUGCGGGACAAGCAUGGCACGGCAGGGAACAGCUCCAGUGUGCGCAGCGUCGCCUGCAUCUUCAGCCAGAACCGCAGCCAGGCCUGGCUGGGGGAGCUCCGGCUGAGAGGGCGGUGGUGGGCCCAGACCGGGGGCCUCCGGGGCCAGGCCAGUGUCCGAGCCGACAGGGCCAGCCUGGCCGUGGGUGGGGCCUGCACCUGGGGCCCUAGGCGUGGCCUGAGACACAACGUGAGCACGCUGAGGGACACAGGCCCCCGGCGCUGGGGCCUCUCCUUCUCUGUGGACGGCCACGGGCACUUCCAGGUGGGCGAGGAAGGGGCUGGGCCCGGCUCCCCCCAGAGGGCGGCAGGUGCAAAGCAGACCUACAGCUUGGCUGUUUCUGCCCAGAGCGUGGGACACCGUCUGGGAGCCGGGCUGGCCGUGGACCUGGAUGGUGAGCAGCUUCACACGGCCCUGGAGAGGACGAUGGAGAAUGGCAGUCAGGGACUGGCCCUCAGGCUGCACCGGGGCCUCUCCGGGCUGCUGGGCACCCUACCUGCCCGGCUGCAGGUCAGCUGCAGUGGAGAGGCCGUGCCCGCCAGGCUGUGGGGGCUGUGCCACGGGGCUGUCGCUGGGCAGCCCCUUGAGAUCUCCGUGGACCUUCGCGACGGCGGCUCUGGCUUUGAGCAUUCCGGGUGCCUCGCCGUGGGGCCCGCGUCUCUCAACCUCUCUGUGAGCGGCAGUUCCCACGAGGGGCGCCUGCAGCUCUCCGGCCGGAGCCAGCACAACAGUGAGACCCUGCUGCGGGCCGGCUUCCCGGGCGAGGCCCGCCUGGCCGCCGAGCUGCAGGUGCAUGAGACCCAGACGUUGGCCACCGUGGCCCUCCGUGGCAGCGAUGGCGAGGUCAUCGUAGACGCAGCAGCGCUGGCGACUGGGCCACAGGAGGGCGCGCUGGAGCUGGCAGUGAAUGCCAGCCACACGGUGCCUGCCCUGCAGAGGCUGGGCCUGCCCCGCGCCAGCCAGCUGCUGUUCCGGGGCCUCUGGGCCACCGAGGAGCUGAGCGCCUCCCUGCGGCUGACCUGCGAUGCUCGCGCCUGUGUGGGCCUCGAGGCCCGGGGCCAGAACCGCGUGGUGAGCAAAGAGCUGGUGCUGUCCGGCUGGCACCGCCUCCCUGCCCUCCUGGGCCUCUGCCCCAGCGCGGCCUCCGCCACAGCCAAGCUGCGGGGCACUGAGGGCGCAGCCGAGGCCACCCUCGGCAUCGGCGUGGAGGAGCGCCGCUUCCACGUUGGCGGCAGGCUGGAGGCCACGAGGGCCACCGUCACCAGCACCGUCAGCCUGGAGCAGACCUUCCCCCAGCUCCAGGUCCUCCCAGGGGAGCUGGUGCUGCAGACCACCUACGAGCGAGCCCAGGGCACCCGCGCCCUGCGCCAGACGCUGCUGUGGGAUGGCCAGCAGGUGGCGCUCAGCGGGAGCCUCUCCGGGCCCUUCCUCGAGCCCACCAGGAACCUCAGCUUGCAGGUGGAGCUUGUCCACCCGCUGCCGCUCCCCCUGCCCCGGCACUGCAGUCUCCGCCUGUCCUCAGAGCGCCCAGGCACUGGCCGCUGGGACCGCCUGGUUGUCGGCUGGGACGGCAGGGAGCAGGUGCUGGUCUCCUCCUCUCUGUGGCUGGGGCGGGGCCAGCUGGCCGCCCACCUGGACCUGGCUCACCCCUUCAACCUCACCUGGCAGCAAGUGGGGCUCGGGGGCCUGGCCGAGAGCAGGGGCGGCAGGCAGAGCCGGCAGGUGCAGCUAACCUGGAACAGAGGGCCGCCCGUGACCCUGCAGCUCACCUGGGCCAACACGUCCUCCACACACAGCACGGCCUGGGCUGGCUGCCUGGCCGCCUCCCCGGGACAGCUCCGGCAAGCCUGGGGCCUGAGCACCCUCCAGGCCUGCGGGGCCCUAACACAGACCCCAGCUGUGGUUAGUGAGUGGCUCCAGCUGGCCUGGGGCCAGACCCGGGUGCAGCAGAACGUGACCUGUGAGGUGCCCCGGCCGUCCGGGGCGGGCACGAUCCGCAUCGAGGCCGGGCUGCAGCGCGUGCUCACCGCCCCCUGCGCCGAGCCGAGCUCCUGGGCAGGUGUGGGGAUCGGCUCCCCGCCUCCGCCGCUCCCGGACCCUGCGCUCACCCUGGACCAUGCUGGGCUGCCCCUGGGUUCCCCCUGCCAGCGAGGCCUCGCCCCAGACCCGGACCGCGGCCUGCAGCUCAGCCUGACCCUCCGCAACCGCAGUGGGCCCCACUCGCCCGACUUCUCCGGGGACCUGGAGCUGCGAGGCCCCCAGGCUCAGUGGGUGGGCCUGCGCGGCCGCGUCUCUGCCUCAGCUGCCAGAAGCCUGGUCGUGCUGGAGGGAACCACGGGCGGCAGAGCAGAGCACGUGAGGCUGUCCGCGGCCACGUCCCACGCCCCGCGCUGUCUGCAGGUCUCCCUGGCCCAUGAGGAGGGGAGCAGAGACGAGAGCGUGGUGCUGCGGGCGUGCGCCCACGGGCGGGCGAUGGAGGCGGAGGCGCUGCUUCAGGACGGCGCGCGGCUGCAGCCCCUGGGCCGCCUGACCCUGCAGGCUGCCAACCAUAGUCUCCUCCUGGCGGCGCGCGGCUGCCCGGGGGCCCUGCUGGGCCACGUGGAGUCCAGGAUUGCUGCGGUUGGAUCCCGGGUGCGGGCCCAGCUGGAGGAGAGGGUCCGAGGCUUGGCUGCCUACCUGAGAAGGUUCCAGCCCCCGGCACGGCCGGUGAGGGCCCUGGGCGGCGUGCCAGGCCUCCUGCUGCAGCUGUCACAGGCGUGGCUGGAGGCGGUGCAGGUGAGCGGUCAGGUGGCUGCCACCGUGUGGGGUCGGAGCCAGGCCAGGCGGGUGCUGACACAGGCCCUGCCCCUCUACCUGGAGCAGCUGCAGGCGGCGCUGGACCAGCUGCAGCAGGAGCUGGACCGCCCCCUGGCCACGCUGAGAGAUGCCUACCUGGAGGUGACGCUGCGACCCCUGGACGAGGUGUGGCGGGAGCGGGCCGAGGAGGCUGUGCGGCACCUGCGGGCCUGGGUGCCAGGGCCCGUCGAGGCGGCCUUGCGGGCCGUGAAGGGCGCCCUGGAGCUGGCCGGCCAGCAGAGCCUGACGUGGGCCGAGGCCACCGUCUCGCGGGCACUGAGGCGGCUGUGUGGCCCCCUGCUGCGCCUCUACAGCUUCUCGGCCAGGAACUUCUCGGUGCUGGUGACUGUACCACUGCUGCCUGCAGGGGACGAGCCCUGGGACGCGGCCCGGGUGGCCAGCUACCUGGUGGAGGAGAAGCUGCUGCGGCCGCUCCGUGCGCUGUACGGCGCCAACGUGCCGGCCGCCUUCUACAGGCUGCGCCACCGCCUGCUGGGGAGUCCCGCCGAGUACCAUGCCGUGGUGGCCGGGGCCCGACACGUGGUGACCUUCGACGGCCAGGUAUGGGGUCUCCAUGCCCGCUGCGGCAGCCUCGUGCUGGCCCAGGACUUGGCUCGCCACACGUUCCUGCUGACGCUGAGCUGGGAUGGCUCCGGGCUCCCGGCCCUGUCCGUGGAGCUGCAGAACACGACCCUCACUGUCUACCCCACUCUGAAGACCUACAGCCUCUACCACCCCUCGCUGCCUGGGGGCAGCUGUCCCGACCCGGCUCUGCCUCCUGCCACGAGGGGGCGCCACGGCCCCCGGAUCGAGCUGAGCGAGGAUGGCGUCUCUGUCUCAUGUGACCUGCGAGCCGGCCUCUGCAGCCUGACACUGGGCCUCUGGCACCACGGUGCCUCCGCGGGCCUUCUGGGCACCAACAACAACGAGGCUGGCGAUGAGCUGACGCUGCCCGAUGGCACCGCGGCCAGCAGUCUGGAGGAGCUCACCCGUGCCUGGCAGGUGGGUGGGGACUGCGAGACCCCAGAGAAGACGCAGCCGGCGUGCUCGGGCCAGGGGCCCACCUGCCAGGCCUUCUUCCAGGACUCCAGGUCCAGUCUGGGGAACUGCUUUCAGGUGGUGGACCCCACCCCCUUCCUGAGCCUGUGCCUCCAGGAAUCCUGUGGUCCCCAGGAGCGCCAUGCUGCCUGCACCCUGGCGGCCGCCUACAUCCACCUGUGCGCCCGGGGCUCUGUGCCCCUCCACCUGCUUCCCCAGUGCGUGAGGAAAAGCUCUCAGCUGUCCAGACCUGAAAGGCGUAUCAUUAAGAAAAAGAGCGCCCCCGUUCAUCUGGGGACCAAGGUCAGCCCCAGCACGCCCUUCCAGCCGGACAUCAAGUACCAGAAGCUGGGCGAGCACACACUGGGCAGGACGUGGUGCUGA